CGAAACUCAGAGCGCUCGCGAGGCCCUCGACCCGUUCCACCUUCGUUUUGCUUCUCGUGCAAGCGUUCUUUCGGCGGAGCGUGAAAGCCUUCAGGUGUUUCCAGAAACUAGAAGCCACAGCGCGAUUGCUCCAGGACAAUAAUUUUUUUUUGGAGAGGGACGAGGCGUAUUUUCGUCGAUAGUUUCGCCGCUCAGACAUCACGUGGAAGUCCUGAGGUCGCGUAGAUUUAAAGUUCCUGCAAGUUUCGCGACUUCGACGCAGCAAAACAUUUUGUUGACCAGGCACACGUAAUACGACGUAGUUGUUCAGGCUCUCGAGAGGCUGUGCAGGAGAUCCAGCCGAUUUCAUCAUGAGUUCUCUCUUCGCCGGGCUUCUGCUGGUCGCCGUCUCCUUGAUCUCCGCCCUCAACGAGGCGCGGGGCGACGAAUCCGGUGGUGGUCUCUCCCCUUCUGUGGCUUCGAAGGGCACCGGCAGACUGGACAAGAUGAGCGGGGCUGAGUACCCGCGUGGUCCGGGCGGCCACCGUCCCGUGGAGCGGCUUAACGGCGGGGAACUGCUGCGAUCGCUGGUGCUGCCGUACGUUCUGCGCGGACUCUCCUCUUCGUCUCCCGACUAUGUGUCCCGUCGAAGCAUGGACAAGGCUGGCAGCGGCGAGCACAUCCGCACGGCGGGGGCUUUUCUGCCCGGCUCUUGGCCGGCCAAAAGGCAAGCACCGUUCGACUCGCUAAGUGGUCUGACGUUCGGCGGAGACCAGGCUGGCGUGCACAAGCGCGGUUACGGUCACGGCGAGUUCGACGAGAUCGACAACGCGGGAUGGCCGGGCUUCUACAAGCGCAACUUCGACGAGAUCGACAGGAGCGACUUUGGAGGCUUCUACAAGCGCAACUUCGACGAGAUCGACAGGACCGGUUUUGAGGGCUUCUACAAACGCUCGACUACUCGGGAUUAAUUGGCGUCGCACCCAUCCCGCUCUUAUACCGACCCUGCCUUUCUCAUACAACUGCCGCGCGACACCCCCCCUUGAAGCCGGUGCUUGCCUGCUCCUUCGCAUUCCGUGAAGUUAAGAUAUUCCAGAAAUUGCAACCUUGCCAAUACAAAUUACAACCCGAGACUGGUCAAAGGCUGCGUACAAGUCGGAAAUCAGUGAUUCAUUGCAAUAUUACCUUUGAGUUAUCAGUGGCUCUUCGCUUUGAUUAUGUCGUCUUGAUUGCUUCUUUCCGUUGUCCACAAGCUCUCAAUGUGGAUAACUUAGCGCCGGUGACCUAGGUGAAAAAAACUGAUGACAGUCGUUCAUCUGCCUGACCCCUAAUGUGCCCGCCUCAGUCUCCAAUGUCGAAAAAGUGGAUGAAUGAAAGUGUGCCCCGGUGGCUGGGGCACACCGACAGCUUUUCUUCGUGUAGACUAGGCGUGUAUGUCUGCAAGCGUCUCCUAUUGGCCAGGAAGAAUAAAUGUGUUGAGCGUGAACUAACGGGUACAGGGGAAUGAGCAGAGACACUUAUGCUUGGCAGGGGAGAGGGCUACCUCCAAUGGAUAAUAGGCAUUACCUUUUGUCCCCAGGGAAGAAUUAUGCAUGAAAUGAUCGAAUUCUUUAUUCGACGUCCUCUCCUUUGUCAUUAUGUAAAUAAAGCUUGUUCAGAUUUGA